AUGUCUUACCAAGAGCAGCAGUGCAAGCAGCCCUGCCAGCCUCCUCCUCCUUGUCCUCCUCCAAAGUGCCCAGAGCCUUGUCCUCCUCCAAAGUGCCCAGAGCCCUGUCCUCCUCCAAAGUGCCCAGAGCCUUGUCCUCCUCCACAGUGCCCAGAGCCAUGCCAACAGAAAUGCCCUCCUGUGCAACCUCCUUCACCCUGCCAGCAGAAGUGCCCACCCAAGAGCAAGUGA